AGCACACACACAGUUCCUCAGACUGAGCCAGGAGCAGCAGGCAGCAUGCAUGUGGACCUGGUGUGGCUGACGGCUACGCUUCUCUCCUUCCCCCUGCUCACACUAUGUGACCCACUCAACGUCUUGCUGGCGCCGAACCUGCUGCGGAUUGGAACCCCUGAGAGAGUGUUUGUGGAGGCGCAGGAUUAUAGUGGAAAUGACCUCCAAGUGAAGAUCAUCGUGAAGAACCACCCACAGGGAAAUACAGAACUGACAUCUGAAACUGUCAUCCUCAAUGCUGCUAACAACUUCCAGGCUGUUGUAAACAUAGUGAUUCCUGACAAUAAGAACUUCUUUAGCGAUGACCCACUGGAGAAGCAGUACGUGAUCCUGCAGGCUCAGUUUCCUUCAGGCUUGCUCGAGAAAGUGGCCCUGGUCUCCUUCCAGUCUGGUUACAUAUUCGUUCAGACAGACAAGAGCAUCUACACACCUGGAACAGAAGUUCGUUACCGAACCUUCUCUCUGACUCCUGAUCUGAAGCCCACUGACCAGACUGGAGGAAUCUAUGUAGAAAUCCUAAAUUCUCAAGGCAUCGCAAUUAACAGGGAAACAAUCUUUCCUAAGCAAGGGACCAUAAAAGGGUCAUACAGCAUCCCCGAAAUUGCCAAACCUGGAAUAUGGUCUGUAGUAACGCGGUAUAAAAACACCCCACAGAAGAACUUCACUGCUGAAUUUGAAGUUAAAGAAUAUGUGCUACCGAGCUUUGAAGUAGCGUUAAAAUCAUCCAAGUCUUUUUUCUAUGUGGAUGAUCCGGACCUUCGAGUGGACAUAACUGCCAAGUACCUGUUUGGAAGAGAUGUGGAUGGUGUUGCGUUUGUUGUGUUUGGAGUUAAGAGGGAUGACUCUAAGCACCCCUUGCCUGCCUCUUUACAAAGGCAAACGAUCAGGAAAGGAGAGGGACAUGCAGUGCUCACUAAAGAGAUGAUCCAGCGUUCCUUCCCAAAUAUCGUUGACCUGGUCGGAGACUCUUUGUACAUUUCAGUCAGUGUUUUAACUGAGACCGGUAGUGAAAUGGUUGAAGCAGAGAAAGGGGGCAUUCAAAUUGUGACAUCACCCUACACCAUCCAGUUCAAGAGAACCCCAAAAUUCUUCCACCCUGGAAUGUCUUUCGAUGUCACGGUUUAUGUGACCAAUCCUGACCAGUCACCUGCUGAAAAUGUGGAAGUGUUGGUCAAACCCGGUGAUGUGAGGGGUCGAACCAAGAGUAACGGCAUGGCCAAGGUUAUAGUGAACACCCAGGGAGAAGACAAGACUCUACAAAUCACCGCAAGAACCACAGUCCCAGACAUACCAGAUGAAAGACAAGCUGAAAACAAGAUGACUGCCCAGGCUUACACCACCAAAGGAAACUCCAACAAUUACCUACAUAUAAGCAUCGACGCUGCAGAACUGAAAAUCAAUGAUCAGAUAAACAUCAAUCUAAACUUCAAAAGUAGUGCCCAAACUCAAGAUUUCACUUAUCUGAUCCUUAGUAAAGGACAGAUUGUGAGAGCGGAGAGGUUUAAGAGACAAGGGCAGUCGCUAGUGACUCUGUCUCUACCCGUCACCAAGGACCUGGUUCCCUCAUUUCGAGUGGUGGCAUAUUACCACAUAGGAUCUUCUGAGGUCGUGUCGGACUCCGUCUGGGUCGACGUGAAGGACACAUGCAUGGGAACGCUCAAGCUGGAUGUAAAGGAGAGUUUAAAUGUCAAGAAGGUAUUUGAGCCUGGUGAUGAGUUUCAUCUCAUAGUUACUGGAGAUCCAAGCGCCAAGGUUGGUCUGGUAGCGGUGGAUAAGGCUGUCUUUGUCCUCAACAAGAACAGACUCACACAGACCAAGGUCUGGGACAUCAUUGAGAAGCAUGAUACUGGCUGUACAGCAGGCAGUGGUACAAAUGAUAUGGGUGUUUUCUAUGAUGCAGGUCUGCUGUUUCAGUCUGAUAAAGCAGGAGGUACCAAUAUAAGAACAGAUCCUGCGUGUCCCGCCCCACCAAAGAGAAAACGGAGAGCUGUGACUCUACUACAGAUCACCCAAACACUGAUUGGUAAAUAUACCGGCGAACAGAAGAAAUGCUGUGGUGACGGACUGAGGCCGAACCGGUUGGGCUACUCAUGUGAUCGGAGAGCUACAUACAUUUUGGAUGGUUCCGAGUGUGUCCAGGCCUUCCUGGACUGCUGUACAGAGAUCCAAAAACACAGGGAUAACCAGGAAGAAUUGUUGCAUCUGGCUCGCAGUGAAGAUGAUGAUGAUGACUACAUAAGUUCUGAUGAAAUUGUUACCCGAACACAGUUCCCUGAGAGCUGGCUGUGGGACGACAUAGACUUGCCAGCCUGUGCAGGAAACUUACAAUGUGGUUCAACAAGCCUCACAUUGCGCACAAACUAUCUAAAAGACUCUAUUACUACUUGGCAAGUCCUAGCCAUCAGUCUGUCUAAGACCCAUGGAAUCUGUGUGGCUGAUCCCUAUGAAAUAACAGUGGCAAAAGACUUCUUUAUAGAUCUCAAGUUGCCUUACUCGGCAGUACGCAAUGAACAACUAGAAAUCAAGGCUAUUCUUUAUAACUUCUCCAAUAAGAAACAGAAGGUACGUGUGGAAUUCUUUGAGACGGAGCAUGUUUGCAGCGCAGCCAGCAAAAAGAGCAAAUACCGUCUCACAGUUAACAUUGACCCCAAGUCCACAAGAGCCAUCCCAUAUGUGAUUAUUCCCAUGGAAAUAGGGCUCCACGAUAUAGAGGUGCAGGCUGCAACUGCAACACUUCAUGAUGGAGUAAGGAAAAAACUGAAGGUUGUGUCUGAAGGUGUCCUAACUGAACUCCCAGAACAAAAUUUGGAACUAAAUCCUUCUCGAGUACCUGGUGGUGUUCAAGUUCUGCAUUUGAAGACUGAUGUACCAAAUGGACAAGUUCCAAACACUCCUGCACAAACUUACAUCACUGUGGCUGGUCAGGAGGUGAGUCAGACAAUCGAGCAGGCCAUCAGUGGAAACUUCAUGGGGAAACUAAUCGUACAGCCCCAUGGCUGUGGCGAGCAAACCAUGAUCUAUAUGACAUUGCCUGUUAUUGCCACACACUACUUGGAUACCACCAAGCAGUGGGAAGGAGUUGGCGUGCAACGACGUAGUGAGGCUAUCCAGCACAUACAGACAGGAUAUGCACGAGAACUUACAUUCCGUAAACCUGAUGGUUCCUACGCUGCAUGGAUAAAUACACCUAGCAGCACAUGGUUGACGGCAUACGUGGCCAAAGUCUUUUCUCUGGCCAGUGACCUCAUUAGCAUAGAUGAAAAUGUUCUCUGCGGUUCCAUCAAGUGGUUGAUUCUAAAUGCACAGAUGCCAGACGGCGAGUUUAAAGAAAGUGCUCCAGUGUAUCAUGCCGAGAUGGUCGGUGGUGUACGAGGUAAGGAUGCUGACGCCUCUCUGACAGCGUUCGUCCUGAUUGCCCUGCAAGAAGCAAACCAUCUUUGUGGCAAAUUAGUCGGAAGUCUUCCAGAGUCUUCCAAGAAAGCCAUUGCAUAUUUGGAACGUAGGCUCCCCUCUUUGACCAAUCAGUAUGCAGUUGCUAUAUCUUCCUAUGCCUUGGCCAACGCUGGCAAUUUUAACAGAGAUCGCCUGCUGCAGUUCUCCUCUGAAGACGGUGCAUACUGGCAAGUUUCUGGAGGACAUCACUUCUCCCUGGAGGCAACAGCAUAUGCUGUGCUGGCUCUAGUAAAAGCAAAGGAGUUUGAUGCAGCAGGAAAAGCUGUUAAUUGGCUCAAUAGGCAGAGCAGUCCAUAUGGGGGUCAUGGCACCACCCAGGCAACCAUCAUUGUGUUCCAAGCAGUGGCUGAGUACUAUAAGCAAAUAAGGGCUGGUCAGAAUGCAGACUUGGAUGUGGAAGUGAGCGUGAGUGGACGAACACGUGCCAUCAGAUGGACUUUCACCAGGAACAAUGCACAUCUCACACGUUCAGACAAGGUUCAGCUCAAGCAAGAGUUUAAUAUUACUGCUAAGGGAACUGGUGCUGGAGUUCUCAAAGUAGUGACACUUUAUUAUGCUAGACCCAUAGAAAAGAAGAGCGACUGCACAAAGUAUGAUCUUAAAGUUGAAUUGAAAAGAGAACGAUUGGUAUCGUAUCCAGAUGCCCUAGAAAGUUACGAGGUCAUCAUUGACGUUCUCUUUAAGGAUCCGAACCGAGAUGCCACUAUGACCAUUCUGGAUAUCGGCUUGCUGACAGGAUUUGUGGUGGAUGAAAAAGAUCUUACGGAUCUAACCAGUGGGAGGGACAAAUACAUACAGAAGUUUGAGAUGGACAAGCAGCUUUCAGAACGAGGCUCCCUCAUUAUUUACGUAGAUAAGGUAUCGCACACCGUGCCAGACAGGAUUGCUUUCAGAGUGCACAAGAUAACCAGUGUAGCUUUGCUUCAACCUGCGGCUGUCAGUGUGUACGAGUAUUACUCUCCAGGGGAACGUUGUGUGAAGUUCUACCAUCCUGUAAAGAAAGAUGGAGCCCUGAACAGAUUGUGCAGUGACCAGCAGGAUCUGUGCCAGUGUGCUGAAGAAAACUGCAGUAUUCAGAAGAAACAGAAAAUUAAUGAGCAAGACCGGGAGAAAAAAGCUUGUGAAGCCGACAUGGAUUACGUUUAUAAAGUCAAAGUAUUGGGAGUGGACCAGAACCCAAACACGGAUUUCUAUGAAAUGAAGAUUGAAGAGGUCCUGAAAGAAGGUUCUGAUCCAGAUGUACGUGAAAAAGUGAGGAGCUUCAUGGGUCAUGCUAACUGCAGAGAGUCUUUUGGAUUCGAGGAAGGCAAGAGCUACCUCAUCAUGGGCCGAAGUGUUGACCUACCGAGGAUAGACGAAAAGCUGCAGUACAUCUUGGGUGAGCAGACGUGGAUUGAAUACUGGCCCACAAGGGAGGAAGGUCAAACUUCUGUAUACAAAGACAAAUACAUCGGCAUCAGUGGACUGGCUCAAACCCUCACUGACUUUGGAUGCACUACAUAAAAUGGAUUUCAGUUUGUUUUUUUUUCUAUACAUCUUUCUAAGAUUAUUUUCUAUUGCUGUGAUGGUGAAUUUACUAUCGUCACUCACCUCAGCAACUAUCCAUCCUAACAUUCAUCCUAUAACGUAAAAGCUUUCUGUGAUUAUGUAAAAGGAGAACAUUGAAUAAACAGUUGUGUAAUGUAA